AACUCCAACGUACGUGCAGAGUGUAGGCACAGUCACAAACAACGAAAAAGCAAGGUUUAUAAUUGUUGUAAAAACAUCAGAGUAUCAAAUGAACAUACCAUGAAGUGCUCACGCGUUCAAUUUUAUUUCGUUUGGUGGUUGGCUGCUGUUGGUAGUGGCAGUUGUUGGUAUGAUCGCAACGACGAGCAAAAAUUGCUCUUCGUGCCCGAUGCCGAUAACGAACCUGACGUGGAGCACGAAAUAUCGGAACCUGACACGCCGGACGUUUUAAAAGACAUCGACAAAGAGUCGAAAAUCAAGGAAUUCGAAAUCCACCAGAGUAGCACGGGCAAAGCUGAUGCAGGAGGAGCCAUCCACACUUUCGUCGUCUUCAAAACGACCAGUCAAACAGACGGAGACGAUUGGUGGUCAUUGGAAAAGAACCUGGAAUGCAUCAUCUUGCAGAGAUCCGGCAACAAGAACGACGUCAAGCGCAAAUUGGAUGGCGCAGAGCGAAUCAAAGUGAAACCUAUUAAAGAAAAUUUGAAAGGAAAAGGUACGAUUAAAGAUCUAUUAGCAUUACUUUGGGCCCAUCAAAUCGUUGCAGAAAACUUGGAUGCCGACGACUCCAACUGCCAGACCUUUGUCACUUUGGUCAUCAAACGAAUGACUGGAUAUGAAAACGAGGGUUAUUUCAAAUGCUCUUCUCCUCAUGAAAGUGAACGAAAAACCAUUUCACUGGAUUCCAUUAACAGGCUAUCAAAUGUGAACGAAUGGCACCCUUUAUUCACUUUCAUUUAUUUAGAAAAUACCGAGCUUGUUGAUGCACUGAUGGAGAGUGAAGAGUUGGACAUUGAUUUCUUCCUUAGGGCAGGAAGUUUGCUAAAUAAUGCGAUUACACUUUCGAAAACCAAAAUGGUUGAACAUUUUCUAAAACCUCCGUAUAGUGCCGAUCCCACAAUAGGCGACGCAAACGGGAUGAACAAACUUGAAAUAGCGGCCAUGUACGCAACGAAGACGGAGAUUUUUGAUUUGCUACUAGCACACUACAAAGUCAAUAUCGACGAUGUAGACGAAUCCGGACAAACUGCGCUUCACGCUGCCGUUUUUGCAUGCAACGCCAUUGCCGUCAAAUAUUUGAUAAAGAAUGGAGCCAAUCCCAACAUAAUCGACAACAACGGGAUGUCUCCUCUUCAUGUGGCAACAUGGGAAAGAGUACACGGUAAUGCCAUCAUCGAUCUACUCCUGGAAGUUAAAAAAGUCAAAGGACUGGGCGAUGUCAACGAUCAAAACGAACAAGGAGUGACUGCACUUCAUUACGCCGCCUUCAAAUCCAAUGAAAUCACGGCCGAGCAUUUGAUCCAAAAGGGCGCUGAUGUCAAUCGUCUAGACAUUGAAGGCCAUACCCCACUUCACGUGGCUGCAAGUCAAGCAAAGGACAUGAAAAUCAUUGAUGUCUUACUAAAGAAUAUUGAAGAUGAAGCUAUUUUCAAAAACGACGCAACCGCAAUUGUCGCUUGCGCCAAGAUGAAUAAAAACGAGCGGCUAACUGAUCAAAUUGUUGCUCGGUUGGUGGAAAAAGGCAUUGCCAGCAUUGAAGAAUCCCAAAGUGACGAAGUUAACGCAGAAAUGUUUCGAAUAACGAUCAGAAAUAGAGUCCAUAUCACCACUGAAACAUAUAAUGAAAUCGAAAUGAAUGCACUUCAUUUGGCAUCAAUUUAUGCAAAGACGACGGAUCUCAUCGACGAAGUUCUGAGAAAAGGAGAAUUCGACAUUAACGGAGUCGACAACGACGGAAAUACACCACUCCACUAUGCGAUAGAGGGGAUGAAUCCUGCGAUAAUCAUUCCUCAUCUCAUUCUAAAGGGGGCCGAUCCCAACGUUGGUAAUAAGAAUGGAGUCACUCCACUUCACAAGGCGGCUACUUACGCAAAAGACGUGCAGGUCGUCGAGUUAUUCCUGAAUAAUCCAGACGUGGAUGUCAACUUGAUGGACGAUGACGGGCGAACUGCGCUAGAAUACGCCAUGGACAACAAGCACGGGCUGGGCGGAAAAAUCGCCAAUCUGUUGAAAGGGAAAGUUGACGUGGAAAUAGAUAACAAACCGGAUGCAGAAGAGGCUCUAGAUCGCGCCAUUAAAAAUUCUGACUUGGAAAUGAUUCGUGCGCUAAUCAAAAAUGGAUUUAAUUUUAACGCUGACGAGAUCAAAUUAAAUGUACUUCAUUUGGCAUCGCGUUAUGCAAAGACGACGGACAUCAUCGACGUCAUUCUGGAAACGGGAGAGUUUGACAUCAACGGAGUGGACAACGAUGGACUGACACCUCUUCACCACGCAAUACUGGGACUCAAUCCUACGAUAAAUGUUCCUCAUCUCAUUCAACUGGGAGCCGAUCCCAACGUUGCCGACAAGAAUGGAGUCACCCCUCUUAACAAGGCAACGAAAAAUGCAGAAACAAUGAACUUUAUCGAGCUAUUCAUGAAAAGGGAAGCGGUGGGCAUUGGUUACUGCGACAAGCAAGAACAUAAUUUCUAUCCAACCAAUGUAUGUCGUGUUAACUCUUACUAAUUCUACCCGUUUCUAUUCAAGAGAGACGAAUGAGGUGAUCGCCCGUCUGAGAAAACAGCUGUCUACCUAUUUUCUGAAUAGUAUCAUGUCCUAACAAGAGAUUUAGAUAACAGGGGUAAUAAAGCAUUUAAACCUACGGUAAUAAACAUUAGGGCUUGGGUAUCUUAGCGGAAGUUUAUAACGAGGCGACUGAACUAUGUACGUUGAAACUAUUGUAGAGUUUUGCUAUUCUCUCUGUAUCAAUGUUGGCAUUUUCUUGGUGCUGUCAAUUAAUAAACACAAAUAGUCUAUGAAGUCAUCGAAAAUGUCUGUGCUAUCAAACAGCUAGGGAUAAUAUGCACCAGAAUUAAAGAAAGUGU